AUGAGCAUGGCAAGCAGUUCUAGUGAUGAAGAUGCUCAAUAUGUCCCAUCACCAAUUAAAAAGCAUAAAAUGGGAAAAGCUAUAAGUGGGGAAUAUUGGGUGUUGGCGAACGUUCGAUCCAGACAAUUAUUACAACAUACAAGGAGACACACAAGGUGGUUGCUCCAAAACAAAAACGUAAAAAAAAAAUCAUUUCGCGAUCUUUUUGACGAAUUUGCAAAAAACGCAGUACGCAGACACGUUCAUAGCAUUUGGUUUCGUCGUGAAAUUCCAACAAUAGAUAAAAUUCACCAAGCCGUAUCCGCUGAUGACAAUUUGCCAUCAAUAUCGCGAACCAAUUUAUUUCAUCUGUUGAAAGAUUUAGAUUUCCGAUACUGUAAACGCAGUAGAAACAGUGCUAUGGCUGAAAAAAAUGAAAUUGUUGAUUGGCGUAGAAUGUAUUUGGAGAACAUUAAAAAGUACCGAGAAGAUGGUCGACAUAUUUAUUUCCUCGACGAAACAUGGGUGAAUGCUGGCGAUUGUACAUCGAAAACAUGGGUCGACACAAUAGUAGGAUCUCACCGGGACGCAUUCCUAAAAGGUCUAUCGACAGGUGCUGUUAAUCCCUCGGGUAAGGGCAAACGUCUCAUUGUACUCCAUAUCGGCUCAGAAGAUGGUUUUCUACCCGGAGGUUUAUUGUGUUUCGAAUCAAAAAAAAACACAAGUGAUUACCAUGACGAAAUGAAUGGGGACACAUUUCGUGAGUGGAUGGAGGGCAUUCUACCUCUAUUAAAACCCAAUUCCGUAAUUGUUGUGGACAAUGCGUCCUACCAUUCCGUCACAAUCGACAAAGCCCCAUCAUCCCAUACCCUAAAGGCGGAUAUCAUCAAAUGGUUGGAAAAUAAAGGAGAAGUGAUAAAUCACUCAAUGGUUAUCCCUCAACUUCUACUUAGGGUCAAACGUUUGAAGCCGCUACAUAAAAAGUAUGUUAUUGAUGAACUGGUAAAAGCCAAUAAUCAUACUAUAUUACGACUCCCGCCAUACCACUGUGAGCUUAACCCCAUUGAGCUGGUUAUCAGCUUGGUCAUUAAAGGCAUAAAACGAGUCAACGCAGAAAAGUGGCAAAAUUUUAUAAGCCACACUAACAAAUUAGAAAAACAAUUUUAUGAAGUCGACAAUAUUAUAGACGAGGUCUUGUCCGCGGAGAAAUCAGAUAAUUUAUUGAUGACUUUAACUGGAGACACAUCAUCUGAAACGGAUUCAGAUAGUGAUUAA